AUGGAAGGAAGCCAAAGGGAUGAGGGGUGUAGGCCUGAUGAGGAAUUGGAUAAUGCAUGCGGCGGUGACAACAUGAAUGGAGUAUCGGAUGAGUAUCCAUCCGAUUAUGCUGAUGUAUUCGGGUUGUCAGAACAUGAUAUAAUGAGAAAGGUCUUUCGAAGUGAGGAAAGAGCAUAUAAUUUUUACAGUAAAUUUGGCAGAUGUCAUGGAUUCGGCGUGCGCAAGGGUGAUUAUGGAAAGGAUGAAGAAGGAAAUUUGAUAAGGAGAAGGUUUUUUUGUAAUAGGGCCGGACUGAGAGAUGAGAAACACUUGAACAGGUUGGAUAGAAAAAGGGGACACCGUCCUGAAACAAGGACUAAUUGCUUGGCGAAGCUGUCGAUUUAUCUGGAUAGGGAAAACUCAACAUGGAAGGUUCGCAAAGUAAUCUUGGAUCACAAUCAUGAACUGACACCUCGAGGGAUGGUGCACAUGAUUCCAAAAUUCCGUCGUAUAUCGGAUGCUGCAAAGGCAAACAUAGAUGGCAUGCGUGGGUAUGGUGUUUCAACAUCAAAGAUUUUGGGUUACAUGGCUGGGGUUGCCGGAGGGUACUCUUUGUUGGGCUUUACAAAAAAGGAUGCAUACAACUACAUUGAUCACAUGAGGCGGGCCAAGGUCGUUAAUGGUGACUCGAAUGCCGCUAUUGUAUAUCUAGAGGGAAAGGCAGCGGCGGAUCCAAUGUCAAUGGCUAGGUAUAAUGUUACAAAUGAUGGAAUGUUGGCGAACAUGUUCUGGGCUGAUGGACCUUGCAGAGUAGACUAUCAGUAUUUUGGGGAUGUGGUCGCCUUUGACUCAACAUACAAGAAGAAUAAGUACCAGCGCCCGUUAGUGAUAUUCUCUGGGUCAAACAAUCAUAAGCAAACCACGAUAUUUGGAUUUGGAUUGGUGCUAGACGAAACAAUAGAAAGUUAUACGUGGAUGUUGGAGAAUUUGUUGGAGGUGAUGUGUAAUAAGCAGCCUUCUGUUGUUGUAACUGAUGGCGAUGAUGCGAUGAUUGCGGCAGUCAAAAAAGUGUUUCCAGAAGCUACUCAUCGGUUGUGUGCAUGGCACUUACAGAAGAAUGUAACCUUGAAUGGAGGCGAGCAGAUGUUUCGUGAGAUAUUCUGUAAAUGGCUUUAUACUGACAUGGAGGUAGAUGACUUCGAGCUUGAAUGGGAAGAAGCUUCUGAGGAAUUUGGUCUACACGAAAAAUGUUGGGCAAACCAAAUGUACGAGAAAAGGCACAUGUGGUGUAAUGCGUACCUUCGUGGCAAGUUUUGUGCUGGAUAUCGCACAACAUCUAGGUGUGAGGGAAUAAAUUCUCACAUAAAGGGAUUUUUGAACUCAAGACAUAGUAUUUUGGAAUUGGUGCAAAAUUUGGAGUUAGUAGUCCGAGAAUACCGCAACAACGAGCUGGUUGCGCAAUUCAAUUCAAUAUAUAGCACCCCUGUUCUAACAACGUGCCUGGAUCCUAUUGAGAGGUGCGCUGCAGAUGUUUACACGAGAGCUAUUUUAUACUAG